AUGUUUCACCAAUACCCAUACCACCCCUCUCCUUAUGCCUCCUACCGGCACCCUCAGGUCGACUUCUUCGGCAGCACUCGUCGCACCGACCCAUCAACAUUACGGGAUCGCUACCUGGCGGCGGCGGCGGAGGCCAAGUUGGCCGAAGCCCAGUAUCUGGCAGCAGAGGCCGCUUCGCAGCGCCUUCACGGUCCAUAUGAGCCAACUGCUCACGCUGCUCCUUAUCCUGACCAUCCUCGAGUGGCCUAUCUCGGCUAUGAAGAAGAGUCUGCCAGGCUUCAGGCAGCGUUAGAUGCUCAAUUGGCUCAAGCUGCCCGAGCGAGGGCUCAAGAGCAAGAGCUCCUCCGACAGAAAGAGGAACUACUUGCUGCACUUGCUCUCAAGCAAAGACUCGACAAAGAAGCCGAAGAACAUCGACUUGCUGCCCUUCAUGACGAAGAACGUAGGCGAGCCUUAGCUGAACUUACCCCUCAAAGGCUGGCGAAGGUACGCAUAAUGAAUCACAUCUGCAAGGCACACCACUUACACCCACUUCAGAAUCACUCAACUUGCGUUUGCGCCGGACAUCAUGAGUUCAAGCGACAUCCUCAUCUCCGGUAUCACCACCAGGUGCAUCAUGCGCCGGUCCCACGCCAGUGCGGAUAUCGACUAGCACUGCCAUCCGACGAAUGUGGGUCCCUUGCGAGACCAUCCCUCCAGUCGAGUGGCGGAAGCUUUGAUCUCCAUUCACUCCUUACCGCUCUGCUCGACGCUCAGGCCCCGGACGCUUCUCGUCGCCUGGUUCCCGCCGCUCCCACCACUGCCCCAUGCGCUACUGGCAGUGACCAGCCCGAAGUUCCAACCGCGGCCGCAUCCACUGGAGUCCCUUUCGUGGACCUACUCACGCAACUUAUCGACAAUGCUACUAAGAGUAGCGCUUCGGAGCCUCCCAAGUCCGCGUUCACGCCCCUUGCUAUGCCUGUCGAACGUCCUGCACCCGAAGCUCAGCAUCGUGAGGUCCAGAGCUUGCCAGAUCUCUUGAACAUCCUCUUUCAAAAGCCGGCCGCGUCAACCACUCAGGCCAAGCCUUCCUCAGAGCCCAAAGUCGAUGACAAGCAACGUCCCCAGGUUCAGAGCCUCCCCGAGCUUCUGAAUCACCUUUUCCAACCGGCUCAGCCAUCCGCGCAGGCUCAGUUCUAUGCCGCUGCCCCCUCGGCGUCCUCAAAGGGCGCCCAGCACGAGACGUCCAACCUUCCGGCAGAACAUCCAGCAAACAAGCCUGCUGUCGAACCCAAGGCUGACAGUAACGAGCGCACUCGGGUCGAGAGCCUCCCCGACCUAUUCAACCUCCUAUUCCAGAAGCCAGUUCAGCCCUCCGCGCAGGCGCAGUUUUACGCUGCUGGCCCCUCCGAGCCUCCUACGAAGCCCGAACAGGUAAGCAUCAGCGAUGUCAUUUCGUUGUCGGAUACUUACAUCGCGAUUCUCCAGACCAAGGAGCAACCUCGGACGCACACCCCAGUGCAAGAUGCGACUCCCAAGCCUACAACGCAGUCGCUGAAGGAACAACUUGAAGCCCGUUUGAACAACGAAUACGCCACCGAAGUGAAAGACACCAUUCAAGCGCUUCUUGCUUCUCUUUCCGACACUGGGCCUCGCCAUGGCAAGGGAAAAGGAAAGGAAGUGGCUAGCGAGGCAACACCAGACCCAACCGUGUCUGAUGUUGCAAAGUCCAUUCAAACCGUUCACAGCAUCGAGACCGCUUUCUCUACCCUCGAGAACGAAUUCGUCUUCCCCGCUCAGUUGGACUUCACCCCUCCCUCCUCGCCAUCCACCCUGGUUUCCCCUCUCCCUGGCACAGAGAGCACCACUGUUAGCGAUUCUGCGAUCCAUCAUCUUGCUUUUACUGCUCGCAACCAACCUUUGCGUUUUUAUGAGCAUGCUCUCGGCGAACUCCUGUCGCAGCUCGAUCGCAUCGACAGCUUCGGCAACGAAGAAUUGAGGGCAAGGCGCAAGGAGGUUGUGGGCAGGGUGGAGAGGGCGCUGGAAGAACUUGAGAGAGAGGUCGACGCCCGAUGGCAGAUCAGACAGAAGAAGCUAGCGAAGGAACAAGAACAAGCAUCAGAGGAUGCUAGUGCUCCUAAUAAGGCGGAACCUCCGGUAGACGUUGUCGAGGCAACUACCGCGACAACUGAAGACUCACAGACCGAAACGCCACCUUCUCUCGUCGUAGUACCUCCCUCCUCUCCUUCGACUCAGCCUUUCAACACCCCAGACGACAACUCGCUGCUGCCACCUGUGGAAUUAGACGUGAAGCAAGUCGCUGACGUCUCUGCAGAGGAUAUUAUCCCCUCUAUCCUUUCCCAGGUCGACGAACGUGUUGCCGAGUCGCAGGAACUUCCUGCGCCUUCGCCUUCGGAGGCUCCCCUUUCGCCUGAACCAGCCCCUGUAAUCGAGACCGAAACUAGUGAAGACAUUGCGCCUCCAUCUGCAACACCUACCGCCGACUCUUCUACCGCUACUAUCAAGCCCGCCCAUGAUCAAGAGGAGAAGGCAGCGCCCAUUGAUACAUUUCUACUCCCUGCUCAGCCUGCAUCACCGGCCACAAGCAAAGCAGACAGUGUAGUUGACGUUGAAUCUGCAAGCGAAUGGUCGGAAGUAGAGGCGUAG